UCCCUCAGUUGCUUUUGUAUGUUCCUCAAGCUUGUCUGGGAAUAUAUUAACAAUAAUUUUUCCAACAUUUUUUUACUGACAGUGUCUAAAUAACUUGUUUAUUUCUCAUAUGAAAUAUAGAAAAUUAUAGACUUUCACGUAACAAUUUUCGCAACCGAGUUUUUUUGCUGAAAAAUCAUUGAACAACAAAAUUUCAAAGAAAUUCUAAGAAAUUUUGUCAACGACUUUGCCUAAAUGCGUGUGAAAGAAAUUUCGCUGAUAUUCGCUUCUAAAUUCUCUUUGGACUUUUGGCUGCCGACGGUAAUAGACGACGGGCUGCUGCCGUAUUUGCCGCAAGUACAUUUUCUGGAUUUACAGCAUUUAUUUGCUGUAAAGUGAACAAAAACGAAGAAUUUUUAAACAAAUCUAAAGACUAAACAUCUUUACUUCUUACAAACUCAAUAAUUGCCUGACUGAUAACUGAUCAUUUCGGACAAUUCAUGAGAAUUUCUAAAUACCACAAAGCUACAUACUGAUUCCGUAAAUUAGCCCUAUUUCCAAUAACAAUAACAACGUAUUCGUUAAAAACAACAACGUCAUGAUGUUAUCUUGUGCACAAAUCAAUAAGCUGCUUUAUCCAAAUGCGCCGGGCGGACUGACUACCGUAGCCCCUGCAACUUCAAGCGCACCACAAUCGAUGGGCGCACCAUCUAGUGGAGCACCGAGUGAAACACAAAGUGAGAUUUCAUCGGCUGAUAGUGAUUGGAGUGACAUCAGGGCAAUUGCAUUGAAAUUGGGUGUAGCCAAUCCAGAUGACUUGCACACGGAGCGCUUCAAAGUCGAUCGUCAAAAGUUGGAGCAAAUGCUGAAGGAGGAGAGUAUGGUUGAGGGCAUGAAUGGUGCUGAAUAUUUCUUCGAAAGUGUUAUGAAGUCUACUGAGACUUACAUUAGUUGGCCGUGUCGCCUUAAAAUUGGUGCUAAGAGUAAAAAAGAUCCUCAUGUUCGAAUUCUUGGACGUGCCGAGGAGGUGCAAAAGGCCAAAGAGCGUGUUCUUGCCAAUUUGGACUCAAGAGGCACUCGCGUAAUUAUGAAAAUGGAUGUCUCCUACACGGAUCACUCAUAUAUUAUUGGACGUGGUGGCAAUAAUAUAAAACGUAUUAUGGAAGAUACGGCAACCCAUAUACAUUUUCCUGAUUCGAAUCGUUCAAAUCCGACGGAGAAAUCCAAUCAGGUCUCCUUAUGCGGAUCUCUUGAGGGUGUUGAGCGUGCACGCGCUCUGGUUCGUCUCUCAACGCCGUUGCUAAUCUCAUUCGAACUACCCAUCUUAGCUCCAGGGCGUCCACAGCCCGAUCAUGAAACACCUUAUGUAAAGAUGGUCGAAACCAAAUAUAAUGUGCAAGUUAUCUUUUCGUCUCGUCCCAAACUCCAUUCUUCGCUAGUGCUUGUCAAGGGUUCUGAGAAGGAGGCCACCAAAGUGCAGGAUGCAACACAGUUGUUGAUUAAUUUCUCAUGUGAAAACAUAGCUAGCCAAAUUAUGGUUCAGAUGCAGUUGGAGAUAUCGCCACAGCACCAUGAAAUCGUUAAAGGCAAAAAUAACUCAAAUUUGCUGGAAAUAAUGGAGCGUACGAAAACUAAGAUAAUUUUUCCUGAUCUCUCGGACUUGAAUGUUAAACCUCUGAAGAAAUCUCAAGUGACCAUUACUGGAACUAUCGACGGUGUCUAUAAAGCACGUCAACAAUUGCUUGGUAACCUGCCGAUAGCUUUGAUUUUCGAUUUUCCGGACAAUCAAAACAAUGCCUCUGAAAUAAUAGGCCUCAGCACCAAAUAUGGCGUCUACAUUUCACUGCGUCAAAAGCAAAGACAAAGCACUUUGGCCAUUGUUGUGAAGGGUGUCGAGAAAUUUAUUGACAAAAUUUACGAAGCGCGUCAGGAGAUUUUGCACCUCAGCACACCACUUUUACAAGCGACUAUUCCAGAGAGCUACUUCGCGCCGAGAGAUAAGGAGUUGAGUAUUAAUUAUCGCACAAUGCUGACCUCACUGCUGGCUGGCUAUCCCGAUAGCCCAAAGACACCUGGCCUCCUGACGGCCCAACUGCAGAUGUCACCGUAUGGCAUCAAUGGCCACAAUGGCCAAAUGAAUAACAACAAUAAUUUAUUGAUCAACAAUAACAGAAGCGAUAGCAAUAACAACAACAGUAAAUCAUAUCCACCGGGUUUCGGUGUUUGCACGCCAACCAACGUCUGUCCACCCACUCAGAAGUACGUGACCAUGCAUAACAACAGCUUCAGUCGCCAGCAACCGAACCACAACAAUAAUUACAUGCAAGUAACUUCGCCGAAUGCUCCGCCGCAGCGUGCUCAGCAGAUCGCUAUGCAUCAACAACAGCAAAUAUCGCCGCGAAAUAGCUGUCAUAACACCAGCGGCUACCAGAGCUUCAGCAGCAGCACGAAUUCGUUGGAGCAAGUUUACCCACCUUAUGGCGGAGGAACUAAUGGCGGCGGUGGAGGAGCCGGUAAUCGGUUGGUAGCGCCAAACGGUGAGAUGAACUCGCGCGGCCAGUACUCGCCCGACUCGACCUACAGCAGCGAAGCUGGCUGCGGACGUGUCGGUCGACGCUCAAGUGAUGGGGUUCUUCUUGGGCUUGGAGCUUCUGGCCCGCUUGGCGGACCGCUUAUGCCGGGAAGUGCCGAGAGUUAUCGCAAUUUGCAUUACGAUCUGAAGCAAAAUCGCAUUUUCGAUUUCGAUAUGAAGCGCGCCAUGGGCUUCAAGGCUAUGGAACGUCCACCGGUAAGUGGUGAAUUGCGCACGCCAACUCCGAAUUGGGCUGGCAUGGCACUGAGCCGCACUUCGCCGGGCGUUUUAGAGAGUGUCGACGAUAAUUUAUGGCCACGCAACGUACACGGUAUGAACUUCAACGGUGGCGCCGGUGCAAAUGGUGCACCGAUUUCGCCAUAUGCGUUAGGCGUUACUGUGGGCUUGAUGGAUGCUACACCGACCAAUCGCCGACUCAAAUUGGCCCAACACAAGGACAUACAUACACUACUGACAAGCCUUGGCUUGGAGCACUACAUAAAGACAUUCAUUACCAAUGAGAUUGAUCUUGAAAUGUUCACUACGUUGAAUGAGGAGAAUCUACUGGAAUUGGGCAUAACCGCUUUCGGUGCGCGUCGAAAACUGCUCCUGGCCAUUAACACUUUGCAAGCCAACGAUGCCACCAAUGCUGCCAUGCCCGUUAUUUCGACUUCACAAUCAAACAAUUCGUCUCCUCGCUUUUCCGGCUCAGCCGCACCAGGUGCCGAACGACGUCCCUCAAAUCAAUGGUAAGAGCAAAGCUCAUUUGGAAACCAAAACCAUUGAAAUACCAAAACGUGAAGAACGUAUAAACUCCAUAGAAUAUUUGAAUUGGAAGAGCUUGAUGAGUACCUAAGCCUUUCCAUUUCCAAUUAGAAUUAAAUUAUUUAUUACAAUACUUCUUAGAAUAAGUCUGCAUGCUAAUCUGUAAUAUUUUGUAAGCUUCUUUACUUUAAACACCACUAACUCGAACUGCAUUGCCGAUAUCAACCGCGACUUUUUAACAUUUAAACGUCCAACCAACGACAUUAUAGAAAGAGAGAGAGAGAGAGAGAGAGAUAAUAACGGAAUGUGUUAAGCAUAUGAAUACACCGAAAACAUGUAAAAUGGCGCACGAGUGUAAUUGAUUCAGAGGCUGUUCAAUCAAAAACUUAACUGCAGGACAUUUAAGCGUCCUUUCAAAUGAAGAACGUGCAACUGAAAGGAUUCUUCUUGACUUAUACUCGUAUUUGUAGGCAGACCACAUUGAAAGCUACGAAUCAAGUUGCCCAAUCACUCGCCAACGUCCAUUUUGCUGGAAUGUAUGCAGCAGCGCUGUUGUGACGUGUUAAAAGAGGUCUUGUUUUACAACAACAAUUUUAUAUUUAUUACUUUUCUAUUUAUUAACUAAUUGAAUAUUUAUUGCGUAGUUAGUGAAACACAAAUAUCAAAUAUUAUCAUCGUUUAAAAAACCCGAAAAGGAAAUGAAACUAAAAAAAAAAAAUUGUAUUUAUAUUAUAUAAUUUAUUGUUAUGAAAUUAUUUUGCAUGCCGAACUUGUGUGUUGUCUUAGUAUGUAGCUACAAAUCGAAAUUUAUACAAUCGAAAAAGAAAACGAAAACAACAAAAACAAAAACAAAAAAAGAAAAAAUCGAAAAUAAUAUGAUGUAACAAAAUGAAUUGAAAUUAGUGUAAGUGAAAUUUGGUGUGAAAUGUUUGCAUGGAAAUAGGAAAACUUAUUGAGAAUUUAUGCAAAUUAAAAAAAAAGAAAAUUCCAAAAUGAUAAACCAAAAAUACGAAAAAAAUACUUUUUCUCAAAGAUAUUUCAAAAAUAAAUUGUAAUGAAAGUAAAUAUGAAAAGCAUAGCUUUUUCCGUAACUAAAUAAAUGAAUAAUACAGCCGCAUUAGAA